AUGCUUACACCCGUAGGUUCUGGUGCUUAUGGCCAAGUAUGUUCUGCUAUAGAUACACUACAUAAUAUGAAAGUUGCCAUCAAAAAGUUGGCAAGACCUUUUCAAUCUGCAGUUCAUGCAAAAAGAUCUUAUCGUGAACUUCGUUUAUUAAAGCACAUGAAUCAUGAAAAUGUUAUAGGCCUACUGGAUGUAUUCAGUCCUGAAAAGAAUCUUGAAGAAUUUCAACAAGUUUAUCUGGUGACACAUUUGAUGGGUGCAGAUUUAAAUAACAUUGUCCGCACCCAGAAAUUAUCAGAUGACCAUGUCCAGUUCCUUGUUUAUCAGAUACUUCGGGGCCUGAAGUAUAUACAUUCUGCUGGCAUUAUUCACAGGGAUCUGAAACCUUCAAACAUUGCAGUUAAUGAGGACUGUGAAUUAAAAAUUCUUGAUUUUGGCUUAGCAAGGCCCACUGAAACAGAAAUGACUGGUUAUGUAGCCACAAGAUGGUACAGAGCUCCUGAAAUUAUGCUAAAUUGGAUGCAUUAUAACCAGACAGUUGAUAUUUGGUCAGUUGGUUGUAUCAUGGCUGAACUUUUAACUAGCAGGACAUUAUUCCCAGGAUCUGACCAUAUUCAUCAAUUGAACUUAAUCAUGGAGGUGCUUGGAACACCGAGUCAGGAAUUUAUGCAGAAAAUUUCAUCUGAGUCAGUAAAUAUUGACCAUCUCACAAGGAUAUUAUUUUUAUGCGGCAAACCUGACCAAGAAACUAUUGACAAAAUAACAAGUGAAGAGGCGCGGAACUACAUCCAAUCGCUGCCGACGUUGAAGCGGCGCGACUUCCGGGAGGUGUUCCGCGGCGCGAAUCCCCUCGCAAUUAAUCUCCUCGAGCUGAUGCUGGAGCUAGACGCCGAUAAACGUAUCACCGCUGAGCAGGCGUUAGCUCACGAAUAUCUCGCGCAGUACGCGGAUCCAACUGACGAGCCUGUCUCCGCGCCGUACGACCAGAGCUUCGAGGACAUGGACUUGCCAGUCGACAAGUGGAAGGAACUAGUAUGGAAAGAAGUUGUGGAGUUCAAGCCCCAUCCGCAGCACAUGAGCACAGUAGUGGAAGUGAAUCCCUCG